UCGACGACUUGCUCCAACUUGCUCGCAUUGAAGUCGGCAAACUUUUCUAUAAACGUCUUGUCUACUCAUUCAGGCCCAGUUUCGGAGAAAGAAACACAGAACUCCGAGCCACGUUAUCCAUUUGACGAAGAACAAUGACAGACAAUAAUAAGUAAUGGCAGUGAGACAUUGCCGGUAGACUCCCAGCUACUCCCAGGUGCAUCAUUUGAGACUGAGUCGAUGAAGUGCUCGUCUAAACAACCUUCAAAAGUUAUCUACACCACAUCGAAUUAAACGGGAGCGAGAUGCCAGUGAGACGAUCCGCACGCCUAGCUUUGCAGGCCAAAAAAGCGAUAGUCCCAGAAAAGGCUCUCAAAAAGGCUCUCAAAUUUCCUCCGGAGUUACGUGAUAUCAUCCUCGACCAACUAUGGGACCUUGUUCGCAUACGGUGUCAUGACCCUGAUACUCUGCGUUCAUGCACUCUUGUCAACAAAGACUGGUACGCGUCUGCUCGUCCGCAUGUCUUUCGCACUGUUCGCCUAAACAGCUGGAGAAGACUUGUUGAGCUCGCCGAGCUCGCCGUUUCCGAUAGGAGGAUAACAAGAUACAUACGCAAAGUAUAUCUCUAUGGGGCGUCAUCCGCGAAUGGGGGCGACAGCAUUAGGGAUUUUGUCAAAGCGGACGACAGUUGGAUUCUCCAAUUCCCCUUUCUGUUGGGAGGUAGCCUGCCGUCACUCCAAUCCAUAGAGAUUUGCAACUUCGCCUAUCCCGUCGGUAACUACGAGGAGCAGGACAGCGGAGAAAUGCAACGAGCGGAAAGCGAGAGGUUUGCCACCUGGAUAUAUUCGCUGAGGACACUCAAAAACGUAGAGGAACUAAUCCUCCGAGACUGUAUGAUGAGCAGCAACGCGUUGACGGCUCUGAUUCGGUCCUUCCGGAGGCUGAACCGGGUGGAGCUUCGUGAAAUCAUCUUGAAUACGCAUGGCGACUUAGCUGCUAUUCCGAUCCAUGAAGCGGAGGGUACCCACGUGCCUACAGAGAGUCAUGCCAGAAACAACGGAUCAUAUAUCUCUGCUGAGCUACCGGUGGUUUUUCCUCUUUCAUACCCAAGACCCAAGCUGCAGUCGGUUUAUAUUCACUACAGCUUUGACGAGCCAUUCGAUAUCAACACUCUGCAGAGUUGGUUUCUUCCUCGAGAUGUGACAGCCACGUUGAAAUCACUGGGUGUCUUCGGGAAUCUCGAGGUGGAACCCCUCGUCAACUUCUUUUCUAAUUUUGGUCUCAACCCAGUAUUAGAAAGUCUAAUACACGCUAUUGAUCCAGAGCUUCAUUUCGACAUCGACCUGUCUCCCUUUCUUCAUCUCCGACGGAUUUCCUUUAGUCCUGGAUGGUUCCAUGCUGAGAGCGUCAGUGGGCUCAUCCAUAUGCUCUCUCGACUCACCACGCCGACACGUGUAGUGGAAUUAACCUUCGUCAUCGAACUUAUGCACUUGGAUGGACUUCGAUACGAGGACGUUGGGCCUAUAGAUGAUCUACUUUCGAGCGAGAAAUUUAAACACUUAGAAGUAGUCACCGUUGUACAUGACUAUCAUCAUCCACCUAGGCAGCUUUGGCAGGCUGCCAUGCAGGCCUUUCCUAUACUGUCACGACGUGGCAUUCUGGACGUCAUGGACUUGGAACGUGCGUUGUCUUAGUUUGCACAUUUUCUUUGGAAUCUGGGUCGCUAUAUUAGCUUCGUAGUUGCGAAUCAUCUGUUCACAUUCAAGUUGCUUUUCCGUCGCACCCUAUGGUGUUGAGGUAGAUUAUUUGAUUCUUGAACUAUGGUGAGGACUGUAGAUAACCUGUGCUCUGAGAAUCGUGCUAUAUCAUUUUAUUGGGUAGAAAAUUUAUGGGCAUAUACGGACGAGAUGACAUAUAC